AUGAAACCAGAGUGUCAGUUAGCUAUUAACCAGUUUAUUGAACUAGCUAAGAAUCAGUGGAAUUUGCCUAUUAAGGCAUUCCACUACGAUAAUGAGCUUUCAGCAGGUAAGAAGGCCGAAUAUAGUCUAACGAGCGACGGUAUCCUAAUCUAUCAUACCCCGCCAGCACACGCGGAAAUGAACGGAUACGCUGAGAGAUCUGGUGGCAUGAUAAUCGUCCGAAUGCGGAUGCUAGCGCUCGAAGGGAAGCUUCCGAAGGAAUUAUGGCCCUAUUUCGCCGGUGCCGCCGUGUGGAUGCUAAACCGUACCCCGACGUAUAUUGCUUCCGAGAAUCGGUGGAUCAUACCGUGGGAGGAAGUGCGGAAGGAGUUCUUAAAGGGCGCGAUUCCACCCUGA